AGAACACGGUCAAUAGAAUUAAAUUUAAGCCUCAAUUCCAUUUAUUUCAUUAACAAAUGUUCUCUCUACUAGACAUUUUCGCUAAACAUCAUAGCUCCCAAACCCUUCAAUCUGCUUACUAUUGUUGGCCUCUAUCCUCAUUAUUAUUUCUCUUUCAACCAUAGAAACCUUGCCCUUUCAACACAGAGAGCAAAGAUGAUGAGUCCUGAGACUGCUGGACCUAUCACUAAGUAUUAUUAUGGAUUGCCAUCGGAGCGCAAGCCAUUGCUUCGGCAGUCAUGGGAUAACAAGGUAUACCGAGUGGCAAGGAAGAUUAAGAAAGUAGGACAAGAUGAUCCAAGGAGAAUAGUCCAUGGACUAAAAGUAGGUCUGGCUCUCACAUUGGCUUCCUUAUUGUUGUUCUACAUCAAACCAUUCGAUCUUCUUGACGAAGACCAAAAUGGAAUAUGGGCUAUCAUGACAAUUGUUCUUAUCUUUGAGUUUUCUGUUGGAGCAACUCUGGGAAAAGGCUUAAACAGGAUGGUGGCAACGUCGUCAGCUGCUGCUUUAGGUGUUGGAAUUCAUAAAAUAGCAAUUCGCUCUUCAGGUGCAGGGAGGGCCACGGUGAUUGGAUUCUUCGUCUUUACAAUGGGUGCAAUUUGUACAUUUAUGAGAUUCGUUCCCGCGUUCAAGCCGUAUGAUUACGGGCUAAUGAUAUUCAUAUUGACCUUCUCCAUGGUAUCUGUAGCGGGUUACCAACCAGAAAAUUGGGGAAAAAACGUCCAAGACAGGAUAGUAACAAUCAUCAUUGGUAGCGUUAUCGCUAUUGUUGUAUGCAUCUUUAUAUGCCCUGUUUGGAAUGGAGAGGAUUUGCAAAAUUUGAUUGCUAAGAACAUAGAAAAGCUUGGGAAUUUCUUAGAAGGAUUUAAGGAUGAAUACUUUCAUAAGGGCGAAUACUUUCCAAAAUCAGAGGAUGGGCAGCCAUUGGAUAAUAAACCAUUUCUUAAAGGAUAUAAAAGCGUCCUUACUUCAAAAAGCAGUGAAGAAACUAUGGCUAAUCUAGCUAGAUGGGAAUGGCAAUAUCGUUUUGGGUUCAAGCAUCCCUGGAAACAAUAUGUUAAAGUUGGAGCUUUAACACGGGAAUGUGCCUACAAAAUUGAAGCUCUUAAUAGCUACUUUAACUUUGAAUUCCAAGCCUAUGAGUUCAGAAGCAAAAUUCAAGAGCAAUGCAAACAAAUUUGCUCAGAAACUGGAAAAGCUCUUAAGGAAUUAGCAUCAGCAGUUAAAACUAUGACCAAACCAACAUCGGUCAAUAUCCACAUAGAAAAAUCAAAAGUCGCUUCUCGAAAGCUAAAACUUUUACUUGAUAUAAUCCUUUUGGAAGAUUAUAAUCUGCGAGAGAUUAUACCACCUGCGGCAGUUGCUUUAAUCCUAAUUGAUGUUGUACCAUGCAUCGAGAAGAUUGCCAAUGCAGUUCAUGAACUAGCCUACCUUGCACAUUUCAAGACACCAGACUCUAUUCUAUCACCGUAGUGAUAUAAACAUAUUUUCUCCAUGGUGAAAUUGCUGAGACUUUUCGAUGGGAGUUAAUAGAUUUUUCUGCUUAGUUCUAGUCGACCACAAGAGUACUAGAAGGCUCAACUUUGAGUUAUUUCUUUUUAAGAACGAAUAAUGAUUAUCACACACUAACUAUUGCAUAUCCACAAUACAUACACUGCUACUUAGGCUGAAAUCUUGUUAUGGACAUACGAUUUCACUAGGAAUGUGUUCGAUAAAGAUUGUGACAGGAUGUAACCAAUUUUUUAACCUCAAGAUAGUGAAUAAGCUCUGUACGAUGUAUAUAAGGAGAUGCCGCUUGUAAGCCUUAGAAGUUAGAUAAAAGAAAUGUAAAGGAGAUGAUAGCAAGAAAUGUAAAGGAGAUGAUAGCAUUUAUAAUAUAUUAUAAAAGUUGGAUCCCCAAA